GCUGGGAGGAGGCUUUGAUCCUUGGGUCUGCACUUUGCAUAGCAUUUAACCCUUGUACUGCAGUGUGCGGAGCAGCAGGGGUGACACUGAGCCACCGCAGCCUCCUGCUCACAUGUCACCAAGAUGUCACUUUGCAGCAUCCCAGCCCCUGACAUCACUAUGCCCUCUGGGCAGGUCCCUGUGAAUUUUAAUGAUGUGGCAAUUUAUUUCUCAAAUGAAGAAUGGCGCUAUCUAGAGGAGUGGCAGAAAAACCUGUACACGGAGGUCAUGCAGGAAAACCUGGAAAUCUUGCUUUCAUUAGAUGAUGUUUGCAAUAAAAUUGAAGAAAAUACUUCUACAUUCUCUAGUAAUAAGGUAAGGAGGAAACUAAAAAGAACCCAGCUGGAUGAGCAAGAUGCAGGGAGCAGUCAGUACAAGAAGUAUGUCCAUGGUGUCUUAGAAGGUCUAUGCCACAAGUGCUGCCAAUGUCAAGAAGACUUUAAUAGCUGGUCCCUACUUAUUGACCAUAAAAUGAUCUGCCACAGUGAGAAUUCACGGUUCACUCAGGAUGACGAGAAGAUAAUCUCAAGCCUUCAAAGCCCAAGAUACAAUGACUGGAGAUCUCUUGGAGAUCAUGAGCACUUUUCUUUGAGGGAUCUGAUUCAGGCAACAUGCACAAUACGGACACAAGAUGAUAAACAGACUGAAAGGAUUGACCAAGAGCCAACAAAAUCUUACAGUUCUCACAAGAUCCACGAAAUACUUUCCAAUUGUGAAAGUAAGAAACUCUCAACCAGGAUUCAGAACUCAGAAAUGGGGAAUAAUUUCCAUAAAUGCGUACAUUGUUCUAAGGUAUUCAAAGACGGCAGCCUUCUUGCUGAGCAUGAGAAAUCACACAAGGAAAACAAGACCUUUGCCUGCCCUGAUUGUGGCAAAACUUUCAUUAGGAAGUCCAUACUGAAGCUCCACCGGAGGACGCACACAGGAGAGCGGCCAUUUGCCUGUACUGACUGUGGGAAAAGUUUCAGCCAGAGGUUCAACCUUGUGAUCCAUCAGCGGAUUCAUACAGGAGAGAAGCCGUAUAGAUGUCCUACAUGUGACAAAAGCUUCCGCUACAAGCCAGCUCUUGUCAGGCAUGAGAAAGAAGGAAAAUGUGUUAAAAAUGUCCCCAAAACACAGACGAUGGUGGAGAAAAAGAGCCCUGGACAUCUUCCUCAUAUGACUGCUACUGUUAAAACAUCACAAAUUCUUCCACAUUCUUCCAUCCAUCAUUCAUUUUCCUUGAACUCUGUACAUGACACAGCAGAUUCCAAACUUCAUUUAUCAAAGCUCAGACCACUAACCUGCCCAAAAACCACGAACCAAAAUUUACAUGGUGUUAAAGUCCCAUCAAUUGCACCUUCUUCAAAUCCUCUAGCAAGCAGUAAACCUCUCACAUCUGUUGAGUCUCACAACCUGAGAAUGAAAUCCCCCACAACCUUGAUAUACAAUAAGUCAAGUAUAAAGACUGUAUUGGCUGUACCAUCUUCCAUCCACAGUCUUUUGCGUAGAAGGCAUCCAACAACCGCACCUUCCUCCACGAGUCAUGCAUUCAAUACUAAGCCAACUUCCACUUCCUUUGUCAGUCAUUCAUUGGAUACUAAGAUUUCAUUAGCCUCAACUUAUCCCAUCAGUCAUUCCUUGGAAAUUAAGACUUUAUCGACCUCACCUUCCUCCAUCAGUCAUUUAUUAGAUAGUAAACCUCCAUUGGCCCCUACUUCCCUUAUCACUCAUUCGUUGACUACUAAGCCUCCAUUGGCCUCACCUUCCUCCAUAAGUCAUUCACUGGAUAGUAAAGUUCAAUCCACCUCACCUUCCUCUAUUCAUCUUUCAGUGGAUAGUAAGCUUUCAACAACCUUAACUUCUCCCAUCGAAUCAGCUAUUGGUUACUAAUCCUACAUCGGCUUU